UGCUCUGCUAAGAACACGACCGAGCGCCACAUCAACACUCACUCAACCCAGAAUAGCACUUUACAGAGACGCAACCGCACAAACAAUUCUUAAACAAUACAUCACACAGCUUGGUCCGGUGUCACUGACUCCACCAGAGCUUAAAGAAGCGCUCUGAGAAAAGUUAGAGCUCUCUGUUAAAAGACAAGUCCUGCUUUCUUUGUUUGGAAACUGAUGGAUUGAGGAUUGUAGUUUGUAACCAACACCCUAAAAGCAGAGGUAGAAAGUAAUGUUCAUUCAAAUCUGAAGAAGGAUGCCAGAAGACUUUUUAACAACUCCCCGCUGACAAGCGUGGACUCAAAAUCCCUUCACACAUUAAUGCUGUCAGUUAUGCUUCAGUUACUGGUUUGGGAAAAUAUGCUGUAAGAAAAUAAAAGGGGGCAUAUCCUCCUCUCUACACCCUCACCACCACAGGAUAAAUGUAAACACUCGUCAGUCAGCGCUUUAGGAACAUUUCGAAUCAAGUCAUUUUUACUAAAACUCGAGUAGAUUCACAGACCGACACUUGGACUUUAAAUAACUCUUGAAAAAUAAUAUCAAUAAUUAUUUGGUAGUUAUGACUAGGACUCAGGUUGUUAAAAGAUUAAAGAAAAUAAAAGUGAAAAAAAAUGCAUGUGUAAUAUUUUUAUGGCACUUUUAGGAGAUGGACAUUUUUGUCCCCCUGAGGACCUAAACGUCACUUUUUUAGAAAUCGGACAAUACAUCAAACGUAAAAAUGCAUCAAAAUUAAUGUUGUUGUUAAUUAUUGACACAUCAUAGACCUUGAUAAAAAAAUAAAAAAAUAAAUUCCUGCUCAGCAUCUAAUACAUGAAAAAUAACUGAAUUCCUUUUUCCCAUUAAAAAUAACAGUGAUAUUAUAUCAUCAAACUGGCAUUUAAAGAGUUAAAAUUCUGAAAAUGAAUUAAUAUUUGAUAGAUAUGAUCAGGAAUGAAGUUGAUUAAAAGAUUUAAGCAAAAAAAAAAAGUGGAGAAAAUAUUAAUAUUUAAUAUUUUUAUAGGACUUUUAAGAGAUGGACAUUUUUGUCCACCUGAGGACGUGAACGUAACUUUUUUUAAGGACCCCUGAGGGUUAAAACUGAUUACAGCUUGAUUAGAAGCAGGUGAAUAGUGUGUAAAAGAGUGUGUAGAGCGGUGAAGGUUUUAGUGGUCAUGAAAUAAAAAUGCAAACAUGAGUGAUAAAUAUGUAAUUGGUUAAUAUCCACUGAAAAAAACAGCACCUGCUGCUCCUCUGUUCCCCUAAUCGACCCUUAGAAAGCUCCUCUCUCCCCUCCCUCGAUGCUCAGAUUAAAACACAAAGAGCUCAAUUAAUCCACGAGCCCCGGGAGCAGCCCUGCAGCAGUGUGCCCGAGCUAUUUCCUGUUCCACCCUCUUGGCUUAACAGUGAACAGACCUCACUGUGGCGCGUUUGUGGCCGCGCAGAGGAGAGAUCACCUCCCUCUGGACAGCAGCGGGGCUCAUAUCUGCACACUGAGGGUUUACUCCUUUAAAGUGAGAGCUGCGGUGUUUUCAUUUAGAGGGGCUUUUAUUUUGUAAUCAGUUGCCAGUGAGUGUGUGUUAUCUCUUCAGGACAGGAAACACCUCCUCCUCCUCCUCAGCAGGAGUGUUUGAGGCUGGUCCUCCUCCUCCUCCUCCUCCUCCUCCAGAGAAUGACAGGGAGUGGAUCAUAGUGGAAGCUGCUCUCUCUCCGUCUCUAGACCAGCAGAUACACCAUCUCCUCUGAAACUAAAACCAGCUCUUAAUCUGCUUCUCGGAUGAAGUGAUGGGAUCCCGUUUCUUCUUGAGCUGCUGCAAAACUAAAUUUUUAUCUUAACUUUGAAGAGGAAACUCUGAGGAGCUCUCAUCCAGGACUACGGUGAGUGAUGUCUUGACUUUAAGAUGAUUUCUUCUUAUAUUUUCCUGCUCAAUCCACUAAAUUCUCAUACUAAACAAGUUUAUUUUGCUCAAUACAAGAUCUGUCUCUCGGACAAACUGCCUGUCAUACUUGAGCAUGUCCCAUUAGUGUCAUUUAAAGCACACUGCUGUUGCUCUGUUGUCAGGCAGUAAACAAGUCAACAAAGUAGUUUACUAGCAGCUGAAGGCAGUCUUCUUUUUUACCACAAACUAUAAAACUCUAAAGAGGCUUAAGUUGCCGCAGCAUGCCCAAACUUAAAAGCGCUCCUUCACCGGUUUACUUCAUGUGUUUUCUUGCUUUCUUUGCCGUCUUUCUCAUGUGCCGGAGGAAAGCGCUUCUGACAGCAGCCCUUCCUCUGAGAGACUAUAAACACAAAGUGGAAGCAGGACAGCCUACUGUAAAAUAACAAGUGCUAUUUUCACUGGUUUCAGGUUUCAUCUUUUAACUUAAAUGGGAUUAUCUAAGCAGGAAAUGUGGGAGGGUUGAACGGGAGUGCAUUUUAUGAGGUUACAUAAACAGCUACAGCUGCUGGGCUUUGCAUGUGUUUAGUUAAAGUAGACGAGUUAUUGGACUUGUCUGGAAAUGUGAGGUGUUAAAUCUGUCUGCACUGCGACUGCGGCCGCAUAAAACGGACAUUUGUCUCCCGCUCAGACAAAGUCCACCACAAAACCGUCACGAAGUCACACGGGAAUCUGCAUUAAAAAAGAAAGAUGUCUGAUUUUAUUCUGUGUUUGAAAACAGAACAAUAAAGUGAGUGUGCCUCUGAGAUGAUGUAAUUUAAAACUUUAUUGGUACAAGUUCACAGCUCCACCACAAACAAAGUCUCCUUCUUAAUCCUCUUGAAUAUAAUUAAGGCUGAAGAUCCUUUUUCUAAAAACUUCACCACGUUUGGAUUAGUUCACUCUUUUUCCAGAUGUGAGUGCCAAGACAUUAAAACAAGUCAGGGAGCUGUGAAGGGAGAUUAGAGAACUCGCUCUAAUUAUAGCGGCCCGUUAGCUUGGCUUGGCGUAAAGAGUGAAAACAUGGAAACAGUGAGCUUUGCUUCUUCCAAAGCUAACAAACCAGAUAUUCAGAAGCCGCACAGAUUAAUUUCUCUUUUGUUUAACCUGCGAGUGCAUGCUAAUAUUUACUGCUUCAAGACUAGAGAGACGCCUCAGAAAAAAUAUUAAAGCUCAAAACCGACUUAAAAGUGCUAAUUUUGUAGUUAAUCCUCUGGGGCUCUUCGGAUAUGUUUGUACAUUUUUGGUGACUUUUUACCUUUCAUUUUGGCUGUGUUAGAGCAAAUAUUAUUUUUUUCUGUUUCCUUUUUUUUUUUUUUCAAAAAUUUAAAACACCACCCAUUUUCAUAUCAGGUCAAUAUUCACUGUGUGACAAAAACACUUGACGUUCAGGUCCUUAGAUAGACAAAAAUGUUCAUCACUUAAGGUUCUUUCACACCGGGAGCGUUUUUGUCGUGCGAUUAUUUCAGACGUCAAUAUUUUUUUCGAACCCGUAUCCUGUCAAUACAAGCGUUCACAUCAGCGACGUUUUCCCGUCCUGCGAUAUUGCGGCGUUUAUUUUUUCGUAUCACGGUCGAUUUUUCUAAAGUUUCGCAUACUGUGUGUCCACUUCUGACCAAUCGGAUUUCUUGUUGUUGCGACGUCAGAUUUACCGGUAUAUCCAACAUGGCCGACCGGCUGAUUGUUUACGUGUCGGAGAACAGAGUGAUUUUUGAUAAAAGACACAAACAUUACAAAGAUAAUAACCUGAAGGACGACUUGUGGAGAGUCAAAGCGUCGGAUUUCUCAUAUGACGAUGUUUUGUGUGCUUUAACAGUUUGCUAAAUGUCUGUUUUAACUUUCAUCCGUGCUAACGUAAGCUAACGGUUGUUACCACAGUUUCAUGUGCUUAUCUUAUCGCCUCUGAUUGGCUAUAAGUGCUGACUGUUUGGCUUGAGCGUGUGAUGACGUUCAAAAGUCUUCCCCGGGAUGAGUCUGUGUAUAGUCAGGCGCGUCAACAUUCGCCUCCAAAUAUUUCACAAUUUCGCGUUCUAUAUUUGCGUCGGCCUCGGUGUGUAAGGACCUUUAAGAGUGCUAUAAAAAUAAAAUACAUCAAUAUCAAUAAUUAUUUGGUAGUUAUGAGUAGGACUGAAGUUGAUUAAAAUAUUUAAGCAAAAAAAGGGAAAAAAAAAAGUAUAAUAGAUUUUAGCACUUUUAGGAGAUGGACAUUUUUGUCCACCUAAGGACCUGAAUGUAACUUUUUUUAAAGACCCCUGAGGGUUAAUAACCUGGUUUUAGGAUGAAGUUUACCACAAUUUUAAAAACGUGAUAACUAAAGUUAAUGUAGUUAAACACGUGUAUUUGUCAAACCUAAAAAACACUCGCUGCACCUCUCUUACAAGCUAAUCCAAGCUAACUCGCUGUAGUUUCAAAUUCAGCACAGAGACGUUAAAGUGGUAUCAAUGUUCUGAUCUGAGACUCAGCGAGUGCUCAUACAUACUUCAAAGUCUCAAGAGACUCCAAUCACAGAAAAUAUGCACUGAUAAGAGGACUGAUAAGUGGGUAUGAGGAGAGACUGGGUGUAAAGAUCAGUCUGUAAUUAAAACAAACACUGUUUUCUUUACACCAACUGAACCAAAACCAAAUUGCCCACUUAGGUUGUUAAGGUCUGGGGGCUGCAAAUUGAGGGUGCAGAUGGUGCCGCUCUUCUUCUGUCUGUGUCUUAAACGUUAGAUCCAUCGGUUCCCAUGAGUCAGUGAACCCUGAGUCAGCCUAUACUGGAGUAAUUGCUGCCCCAAAAACAACAAGAAUUAAAGCUUUUCAGAGUGCUUAGGGUCUGCCAAGAGUCACCAGGAUAAGGAUCAGGGUGGGAGAAAGACUCAAGCCCCCGAAUGGCAGCAAUUGGAGCAGGGGGGCAUGGUUUCGUUCUCCCUGGAGAGAAAGCACCAGAAAGAAAAACACUCGGCUCCCACGCACAUUGUUGUUGUAAUGACAGAGAAUGUGAGGGGGUGGAAAUAUCAGUCAUCGUGUUUACAUCAAGCUUUACUGUAACCGUGGGACCAUCUGUGACCGAGGCUUAGACUAAAUCCAUAAAUUUGGCCUCAUGUCACCUUAAGUAUGUCAAAACAGCUCCCUUAAAGGACUAGUGCGCCAAAAUCGCAAAGAAAACCAUCUGGGGACUUUCUUUUUUAGUUAGAAGUAUUUCAAAUAAGGAUGCUAGCGUGUACCAUGUGGAACAUCGUUGCUGCUGGUCUGGAUUUUUAACCACCAUCCAGAACCCCAACGCCUCUUGGAUGAAUUACGAUAAAACCAGACAAGCAUGUUCGCCAGUGGAGACAUUUUUCAAAGCUUUCAUGGAGCGUUAAAAAUUGUUAAACUUAUUAAAAGACUUUUUUUCCCUUUUCAACAGUUUCAACUUUGCUAAAAUUACAUCCUGGUUGCAAUAUUUUUUUAGUUGGAUGGUAGGGGAAGGUCCCGCCUCCUUCGCCUCUGAUUGGCUAGAAGUGCUGGGUUCCGAUUGGUUAUUCCUUAUGGCUGUGAAAAGUCAUCACACGCUCAAGCCGAGUGCGGGCUGUCCGCUCUGUCCAUCGAACCGAACAUUACAGAACAUCAUCCCAGUUCUGAAAUUUGUAAUCCUAAAUCUGACCCAGCAGACGAUGACGUUUUACAGCUAUAAGGAAUAACCAAUCAGAGCCCACCACUUCUGCUGCGUUCGAGUUGUCUCGGAAGUCAGAUGUCGGAGCUGAAAAUGACAUCACACACAAAGUCGGAAAAAAGCAAAAUCGGAGUCCUGAAACAAGAUGGCUACAUCUACGAAAGUUAUUUUAGCGCUUGCCUUAUCGUCAGACAAGGCAAGCGCUAGAAUGACUUUCGCAGAUGUAGCCAUCUUGUUUCUGCUUUUUCCCGACUUGGUGAAAAAGCGUCGAAACUUGGCGAAGGAGGCGGGACCUUCCCCUAACAUUCUACGAAAAAAAAUAUCCCAUCCUGGUUUGCAUCAGACAUAUGGUACUUAGCAUUAAGUGCUAAUGAGCAACAGGCUAACACGCUAAGUUGUUAAACAUGAUCGUAACUCUUUCCGACCGUUUCUUCACCCAUUAAACAUCCCUAUUUUUAAAAGCAGCUCAUGUCACUGCCAAGUGAACCUAUAAAGUGUCCAAAUAUUUUCUUUUCCAGAGAUUUCAAUCUCAGUUUCUGAGUGAGUUCCAGCUACUAUCCCACUCCUCCACAGUUAGUGUAAUUAUUCGCAGCUGUGAAAGAUCCUCUGCUUCUUUAGAGGAUUGCAUUCUGGGACAGUAACGUCCGUCAACAGCACGCACAGACAUCCAGCGUUUUUUCUAAGGUUGUAGGUGCACAUACUUUUACAGAUUUUUCUCAAAAUGAUCAAAAGAACUCCAAAUUUAACAGCUUUUUUGUUACGAGUUGUUGAAUUUGAAGUCCCAUCACAGGGGAGUCAGAGUCUAAGAAAUCAUGUGAGUGUCACUGUUUCUGUGGGAAAAGAAAAACCCCAUUUGCUGUACACCGGAAAAGAGUCUCCUCAGGCUCUGAUGUGGUAAAUAUAAACAUUCCUAUCAGACACACAGGGCCCCAUAUUGCUGGCCUGACUUUGGGCUCGAGUGUUAAACACUUACAAGGAACACAAUGUCCUUGUCUCUUGACCUCUGACCCCAGUUUAGAUCACAGGAAUGAUGGGAGGGUGGGGGACACUCUUGUCAGGCUCGAGGCAUCUGCUGGAUGAGCUCACACUUCCUUUGUGGAUUUAUAAGCGAAACAAACGCCAAAUAUAUUCUGAGAGAUUUGUUUUCUCAUGACAGGGUUUGUCAUUGGUGGACGGGUCUGGGGCGGUUCAGGGGGGUCAGCGUGUAAGAGAAAGAAAAAAGGAGAUGGCCAAAAUCUGAUGCAACAGUGAACCAGGAUGGAGCCAAUUAAGAGAGACAUGGAGCUGCUUAGUAACAGCAUGGCGACGUACGCACACAUUAAAGGUAAGAGCUCUCUUUUGGUACCUAACAUGAGACUCAGGACGCCACAACAUGAUGAGUACCACAGUCAAGGAAGUAGAGAUGUUAAUGUGCCUCAUAUUUUCUUCCAAAAACUUAGGAGUGUUUUGUUAUUCAGCCUUAAAUAAUAGUUAUGAGAAGACUGAAACUUUAAACACUGUCCUGUUACUGCAUUUCAACCACUUCUAACUGCUGUUUUAGGGACUAUUUCUCAAACUCCAACCUUACUCUAGUUCUGAGGUAACCUAUGUGGUACAUCAAGCUUUCUUUUUAAGGUUGUUGUUGACAGUAAUUUUACCUUCUGUAUGUACCGUACAUGAAUAUGAACGCACCCCAGAGGGAAACGACUGAAACCACAGGUCUUUCUAACUGCAGAUCUCAACAGAAGACUUUUGUUUUGUGCUUUCACUGUCUCGUCUGAAUCAUUUCCAGGGACUUCAGUGUCCUGUUUUCUUUGGCUCAGACCGCUGCGGCGCUCUCUCAAAAAGUAUCUGCUCACUAAGUCGAGUUUCUGCCCCUCAAAAGUGGAAGAAGUAUCAAGAGUUUCUAACUAAGAUGCAGCAUCAACAAUCUCUUAUUUUAGGUGUUGACGUUUAAUGAUAAAAAUCUGCAAAAGAUACAAAAAAAAGUGUAAACACUGAUGCAAAAAUGAAAUAUAGCAUUUAACCAUUUAGAGUUUUGGAUGUAGUGUAUCUACUUCAGGCUCCUGUGAGGAACUUUUAGUUUGGGUCAAGUUUAGUGCCCCCUGUGGAUAAAACUGACCUUUUCACCUAACAAAAAUAACUCAAUCUGCUUUUUUUUCCAAUAUAAGAAAAAGGUUUUCCUCACCUCAGUGUUGGUCUUCUAGUCUGACGUCGACCCCCUCGCAGACCCCAUCAGUCUUUUUUGUUAAUGGUCUAACAGAGCCAUCACCAGCUCCAAAAUCCUCACAGGGCCUUUGACCAGCUUUGAGGUCAAGGGCUCUCAGGGUCAUGGGAUAAAUCUGAGGGGUCCUGAGAUGAUUAAUGUGAAGAGAGGAAGAAAAAACAAACCAAUAAAGUUAUUUAUAGAGGAAGAGUCCCAGAUGCAUAACAACUGGUAAUGUAUAAAAUGGCUGGAAAAGGUUGGACACUACAAACUUAACCUUUCAUAAGUAAUCAUUAAGAUCAUUAUUUAGUAUUUCUAGGAGAAGAUAAAGCUCUCAGGCUAUUGUUGUUGUGUACAAAGUCCCUGUUUUGCCCUGAAAUGCAGUAACCCGGGAUUUCCACCACAUCCGGAAUUACUACGCCAAUUCCUACUGGAUCCGUUUGUGAGGCAAAUUUCGUGGUGGAUUACGGACAGCGGGAAUUGCGAGAGCUAACAAGAAACCGCGGAUUCACGUGCAAUCACGCGAUAACAAGUUGUCUUUAGCCACAGAGGCUAACCAUAUAAACAGUAGACUGUGUCCUUCCAGAGGAGGACAUCUACUUCUAGACUUCUAGAAUCAGCAUCUUCUUAUCCAUGGUGUCAUUAGGAUGAAAUGCUGUCUAUAAACCUUUCACUUGUUUGUCCCCGCUCGUUUGCAUGGUGUGAAAUACAAUUCGCCUGAAACACGAAGUGUUUUAUUUUGAAAAGAAGCAGGAUGUUUUAUUUUGUGUCUGUGCCCGACUUCCUUUCCAGCACGCGUUAAUCUGUGCUGAAUUUAUCCAGCAUGCUCCGGCGUACUGAAAAAAAUAGAAAUCUUGCGAUCAGAUUCGGAGUCCGGCGAACUGCAGCAGAACGGAAAGAAGCCUGUGGAAACUGACACAUUAAAGGUCCUUACACACCGGGGCUGACGCAAAUAUAUAACGUGAAAUUAUGAAAUAUUCCGAGGUGAAUUUUGACGGUCCUGACUAUACACAUCAAGCCCGAUGCGAUUUUGCGACUUUCCAGGGGGGAAUAGAUGCAAAAUAUAGACGUCCAAAAUAAUCGCACGAAAAAAAACGGUCUCGGUGUGAAAGGACCUAAACUUGAAUGGUUACGAUCCGCUACGAUCGGCGGAUGCGGCCUUUUCGUAGCCGUUCCGGAUGCGGUGUAAAUUGGGGGUUAGCUCUGGGUAUUAAGUGGAAAUUGAAAGCUAAGUCAGAAAAACCUAAAUAAGUGAUUUGUCUUUACAUCUACUCUGUCUAUAUACUGUCAUUUUAUUUUGUGUUUUUCUACCUACACAGCCAAUCCAGAGAGCUUCGCCCUCUACUUCAUGAUGGGCGUCUGUUUCGGCCUCCUCAUGGCGCUCUGCCUCCUCGUGGCCGGAAUCGCCUGCAGGACUCGCCGUCCCCGCAGACCUCCACCGUCCCCUGAGAGACGGCAGCUGAAGGAGUCCAGCGAGGAGGAGGAGGACGAAGAGGAGGAGGAGAGCAUCGCAGAGGACGAUGGAGAGGAGGCGGAGAUCCCUAAAGUGACAACAGGGCCCCGGAGCGAUCGCAGCAGCCAGUCAAACGGAACUCUGCGGAGCGUGAACGUGUUCGCGUCGGCGGAGGAGCUGGAGAAGGCCCGGCGACUGGAGGAGAGGGAGCGGAUCGUCAGGGAGAUCUGGAGGAACGGACAGCCGGAUAUCCUGGUCACAGGGACGGGGACUAUUGGACGAGUCCAUUACCACUAACAAACACUUUGACUGUGAUCAAUAAAAUACAGCUCACAGACUGUAAAAGAGACAGAACAAUGGAUGGAAACAGUUUUACUACCAAAGAGUGAAUGAAGGUCGAACCUGAUCAGACAAGAUGGAGAAACUACAAUGAAAUAAACUUUUACUUUGGAGAAAACUUUUUUUUAAGUCAAAUAAUAAUAACUUUGGGGGGUUCUAUACGGUGGCCGAGAACCGCCACUGCAGAAAAUAAAAAAGCAAGUGGAAAGGUUAUUGUUCAAUUUCGCUUCAUAAACUUUUCAAUGCGUUACUUGGUUAGGCCGUGUAGCGCCUGAGUCGAUAUGAAGUUGAACUGAAGCUAACACUACACCGGCAUCCUCCAGAUCAACUUCAUAUCGACUCAGUCCCGACUCUUUUUGCCGUUGUCUUCUGUGCCUAGACCGGUGCAUCAUCAUUAUUGAUCCCUGACCGCUCACUUCCAUUGGCUUUUUCUAUUUUUUGCAUCUUUUUAUUUUCGCAGUAAAAACUUUUUUUUUUUUUGCAUCGCCACUUUUUCUUGCGUCGUUAACUUCCGUUUUUUUUGUUGAUGUUUUUUUUUAUCUGCACCUUUUCUAUUUCUUUUUUUUUGCAUCUGAUACGUCUGUUGUGGCUUCUUUUUUUUUUUUUUUUUUUGCAUUCUUUUUUAUAUUUAGCAGUGGUGGUUCUCGGCCACCGUAAUUCCCUGAGGAAAAAUCAUGAUAUGAAAAAGUGUCCAGAGAAUAAAUACAGACAGAAUAAGCAGAGUACCGAUCCUCAGGCAUCAUGAAAUCAUAAAAUAAAAACUGACUUUCAAAUAAAAAUGUAUUUCACUGAAUAAAUUUAUAUUUCAAGACCUAAAAAACAGUGAAGAGACAGUUAAAAUAACUUACACAUGAUUUUUUUAAUAUUGAGCUGUACCUGUAAUUCAAGCCAUAUUAUGUCUGUAUUUAUUCAUGACUAUUUAUUUCACAUUAUCUUGAUCACUGAUUUAACACCAAUUUAUGAUCUUAAACAGAGAUUUCUGAUCCAUCUGUUACCGAACCUUUGCAAUGGUAUCACAUAAAAGUUUGACCACUUUUUAAAACUAUACAGCAGGGAAAACAUUCGUAUUUGAAUCUGCCUAUCAAAAUCAAGAAUUUGCAGACCAGGUCAUAAAACUUUAAUGUUCAUAUUGUCCUUAACUUAUUCCAAAAACAGUCUUUUUCUCAGUAUCUAGUUUUUCCCAGCUUUUUAAGGUACAAAUCAUCUCACCAACUUUACAGCAGCAGACAGUAGACCCUAUAUUAUUUUAAAAACCUGCUCCCACAGAGGCAGUUUCACGGUGGGCUAAUCUUGGCAGAGAAAACCCCUUCCCACAGAAACCCUCCAGUCUUUUCCCAGUUUGUGUCUCCAACCUCAUCACUUCCUGUGUUCCCUUCUCCACAAUUCCCAUAGCCUCCCCUCUCAAAUCUCAGGCCCUACACAGCGUCUCUCUCUCUCUCUCAGCUGAAGACAUGCCUGUUUGGAGCCAUGAAAAGAACCAUUGACCUCAGCUAUACUGUACAUUUUACCAAUGCAGAGCUUCCCUGGGUGUAUCCAAGCAAAGUCCCAGGAGACUCUCGAUUUUCUGCGGGUUGGUUUCUCCUCCUUCCUCCAUGAAAAGGCUGAUUAUGUUACAAGUGGAGCGUUGUCCAUUGAGAGAAAGCAGAAUGAGAUACUCAUGACCUGCUGGUGUGGGCUCAUUUGGUGACUGGUUGCCAACUCAUUGUCUGUGGACUCAAUUAAAACCUGAAAAUCAGACGUAUUUUUGGAAAUUUCAGCUUUUUCUGUGUGACGUUUUCUUUGACAUGAUUCUGAAUGUGUAUUAAACAGCAAAAGUUGAGUAUAGAUGACUCAAAGAGGAUAUUAAAUGGUAUCUUACUGUUUUUCUUAUAACCCCAUAUGUUUUCCUAACCAGUGUUUGAGCAGAAAGUCACCACUUCAACAUCUUUAUACACAUUUUCUUUUAAUAAGAUCAGAAGAAAAGACUCAUUUAGCAACUAUUCAGGUUUUUUUUUUUUUACACAGGCUGCAGAAGGGGUCCGAACGACCCCAAAACAAUGAAGUAAAUCACAAACCAUUCAACACAGUGGGCCGUCUAAUAUUUCUACAGUCUGUCUCGAAAUUCACUCACAGAUUUGCCCUGGAAAGAAAAAAAAAAUCUACAGAAAAUUAAAAAGACAAAAGUAAAAUCUCGUCAGAACAGUAAAAAAGUUUCAGCUUCAGAUCAAACAAACAAAAAAAAAAAGACAGUCUGUUUAGUCCAUGCAGUAUGUACAGUCAAAAGUGGGACGAAGCAGCACAGUGAGAUUCACAAAACUAGUUCAGCUAGUUUGUGUCAACUCUUAAUAAUAUUCACUUUCACUUUCUUUUCCUCAGAAUUUUAAAGUUUCACUUUCUGUCGUUCAGGUUUUUUCCUCACACUGAAGAUCAUGUUGUGAGUUUAAUGGUUUUAUUAAAAAAAGAACAUACUCGGUUUGUUGUAGCUCCUCCAGAUCUUCACAUUACAACUUCUUAUAAUUCUAGAGCGACUGUUUUACCUAGAGAAGCUUUUACCUAAGCUGUGUGAGGGGAUUUUAGAGCCAGUUCUUACAAUUUUAUGACUUUUGUCUCCACUUUAACACCCCCCAAAAAAUGAGAAUAUACUGUAGCACCCACACACACCUUGAUACAUACAUACAGUUUUUGUUUUGAAAUGAGACGUACAGUUAAUGUGGCACUAUGUGGAAAAGUUCCGAUUAUAUCAGUGACAAAUAACCAACCGUUGAAGGGUUUAACAGAUGUGUGAUGAUUUGAUAAUUGGGAGCCCUGCGCCCGCUACUGAUUGGUCCCAUGCAGAAGGUAUCAAUCAAACUUUUCAUGCAUUAACUGAAGAUUUAUCUCAGCCCCAAACACAAAGACGCAAACGUUGACAGUGAAAUGAUCAUCUAAUGUCUCUCUCCGCUGACAGACACCUCCUGCAGACAGGGCUGUACCUCAAACAGAUUACAUGUGACCGUAUUAUUAGUAUUUUUUCUAAGGCACAAAGUCUUUAAUUUUUUUUCUCUCAUGCUUUCAGAGAACUUUUUUUUUUUGUAGCCUCAGUAAAUUCUCCCUUAAAAAGUUACAUUAAGUCAGAACGAAACUCACCGUGACAUUAAAAAAACAUACACUCGAGCCGAAACCUCACAUAGAAAAAGAGUGCUGCUCUCAGAUCCAGUCAGGUCUUUCCUUCACUUUAACUGUACGAAACUCACUGAACGUGUUAAACCACUAAACACAGAAGAGGGAAAUAUGAAGAAUAUUAACCCCUCGAACAUGGCUGUAACUGCUCUGAAUGUAAGGAUGACUGAGUAAGUGGUCUACUGCUUCAUCGUCGGCCCCUCGGAGGCGCUCUUGGGCUCUUUGUGUUCUACUUCCAUGUUGUCGUCUCCCAUCCCCCUCUCCUCGCCUCCCUGGAACAUGUCGUGGGUCCACUUGGGGCUGCUGCCCCCCUUACGGUAGACGAAGCGUCCUCGUCGAGCCGGGAAGGCGCCCCGGCCUCUUCCACGGUUGUCUACCCAGGUUUUCUCCCCGUCACGGUCGUCGUGCUGGAAGGGAAAAUGGGCAGUUUUAGAGGGAAAGAGGCUGAUAGGGAAACCAGAGGACCUUUACACAAACAGAAAACUCCGCUCUGGGCCAACUUUAAAAUUCUUGAUUUAUUCACACUUGACUUUUUUGGUUAUUUUCGGGGUGUAUGUCAUGCAGCUAGGAGUCUUUAACGAUCUUUAUAUGAAAGCAGAUCUGAGAGGAGAAGAGCUGGGUUUUAUGUUCGCUCAAAUGCAUUUAAAAAAAGUCACAAAACUCUUGUGCCAAAUUGUCUAAAUCAUGAUUUAAAAAUGAACUGAUAAAUAAAAAUGAAUACUGCAGACAGUUAUAAACCGCUCUCUUUAGGACGGCUUGUUAAACACCACAUUUUCAGGUCAUAAACACGAGGAAAUGUGGGAAAUGCAUUAACACUGGCUCUGGUUAAAAUGUUGCCCCUCGAACACUGAUUGUGUGUCUCUGAGUCGGUAGCUUUACAUUAUAAAUCAUUUCAACUUCUGUCUCCCUUGAACCCAGCACUCUGGAAGCCUCCUCCACUGUUGCCAUGUCACAAAGUAAUGCUUCUCUACUUAAAAUGGGAAAACUGCAAAUGUGGCUGACCCCAAAUCAGACUCAAAAAGUUUGGAGCAAUUUAAAACAGAGCCCGAUGUUAGUGUUUGGUGAGUGUUGUGCUCAUUUAAGCUGUUCAUACACUCUAAAGCAGAGGUUCUCAACUGAUGGGUCCUGACCCAAAAGUGGGUCGUGGACACGUUCUGGAUGGGUCAUGAACAGCUGGUCAAAAGAGUAAGUAUUGAUAUUUUCUGUACAUGCAACUUCGGUAGUUGUCGUCCUCAUGUUGUCCCCUUCAUGUGCUCUGAAAUGCACUUUACUUAAUAAAACAAGUGAAUUUAUGUUAAAAAUUGAGUCUUAAAAAGGUUUUUUUUUUUAUAAAAAAAUAAAUUUGCUUAGUUUGAAUUCUAUAAAAGUGGGUCGCGACUUGAGGACCAUGGGAAAAUGUGGGUCCCAGUCUAGAGUGAGACCAGUUGAGAACCACUUCUCUAGAGGUUAAUUAAAGUUGGCUAUUAUCCUUUCAUGGUUUGACUUCUACUCAGCAAUGUUAAGAUUUAUUGUAUAUUAAAGGUUAGAAAAGGUUAAUCCAUGCUACUGAACCCCUCUUUUUUAUUUUCGGAGUCUCACCAGGUAGUACUUCCUGCUCUUAGGGGUGUAUUCAGGGUCCCAUUCCUCCUCUGGCGGGCGCACUGGAGGGUUCAUAUUGGCAGGGUUUCCGUUGCUGUUAUUGCCCGGAUAGUUUCCCCUGUUCCACCCUCUCCCUCUCACUCUGGGGAACUGAAACAAAAACAACAAGUGGAUCUAAACUCACAGCCGGCAGAGAAAAACAACAUUUCCCAUAAACCCCAGGGACGAUGGGAACGCCAGAACACACAAAACAAAAGCCAUUCUGAUGGAAAAUCAGGCAUUUGUUAAGUGAUGGAGUUCCGCUGAUUUGCGCUACAUUACCUUAAUACAAAUCAGGUAGUGCAUGGAAUAUGUAUGAUAGUGUCAUCAUCAUCAUCAUUAUCAUCAUCAUCAUCAUCAUCAUCCAUAAUAUGUUCCUUAGCAUUAGGAGGAAGGAACAGAGCAGAGAAGCGCAGUCUACUGUGAUGCCAUUAGGACAGAGAAUUGCAAGAAGAUGAGAUGUCAGUACCUCAGUGAAAAAAGUAAAAAACAAACAAAUGCAGCAGAAGAGAUGAGGGCAGCCGAGACGGGGAACUUACAAAUCCACGGCCUCUGCCUCUCUCCUGGUUGUGGCCCUCGUAAUGCCCCGGGCCUCUCUCUUGGGGCCCACCGUAGUCCCGCGGUGGAUAACGGGAGUGACUGUAGCCCUCCUCUGGGUGCUCCAUCCCCUCCCCCAUGUACUCUUUACCUCUGAAAGGGGGAUAAGGGGAUGGAGAGGAGGAGGAGGAAGAGGAGGAUGGAGAGCGAUCACGCUUCUUCUUUCCCUUCCUGUGAGGGACACGAAAAAAAACGUUCAUCUCCUUCUUCACAGAAACAACGUACAAAAUUAAAUGACUGAGUCCUCCGACAACAACAGAAGCCCCUCCUCAAACAGACUUCCUUUUUCAGAGGGAACGCUGGACUUUCAAACUCACUUGGAUUUCUUGUGGUGUUUCCCAGAUUUCUCAGAGGACCUCUCUCUGCUCGGUCCUCGAGAGCCUCCUGGGCUCCUUCCUCCUUCACGCUUGUAGUCCUUCCCUGCAAACCUCUUACGCCUUUCAAUAUCCAGGCGCAGGUCCAUCACAUCGCCCUUAAACUUAUCCUGCGAAGACACGUGUUUGUUAGCCACUCAAAAAUCUGUUUUAAAAUACUGACCAAUGAAAUAUUUGAAUUAAAGUAUGAAGGUUUAAAAAUGCUUAAGGGGUGAGACAUAUAAAAAGCUUGAAGCCAAUGCAUAUUGGAAGUACCAGGAAAUAUGCACAUGUAUGAGCAUUGUGUACCCUCUAGUGGUAAAUCAGACUAAAAGAGUUCAAUAGAUAUAGAGUGUUCUUAAUAAUAUCUGGUGAUAAUAAAGCAAAAGUAUGUGUAACAGGUAAAGACGUUUAACGUAACCCUUAUUUCUUAAAAUGGCUUUACCCUUCAAGAGUGUGAGUUUGUGGAAACCAGCAGCAUGCAUGUAGCUGUGGAAAAUAAUUCCUAUUUCAGUUUUUGUGGCUUGUUUUUUUUUUUUUAACCUUUUUUUAGAAAAAAAUACUUACAAGGUUAAGGCACUGAUAAGCGUCCCUUGAGAUGCUUGGACUCAGGAUCUUAAUUCACUUCCUUUUAGCCUUUUGCUUGGGUUCGUACAUACCCAAUCAAUAACCAUAUCUCAUAGGCUGGGGGGGGCUUGCUUGGCACUUACAAAACACAAUUGGGUUCUUUCUGAAUUAGAAAUAUGCAUCCUUUGAAAGAAAAGCACAAAGCUGAACACUGCUGCUUUGGAUCGUCUCAUAUUUGCUUGUUCCAGAUACGUCAAAAUUCAAAAGGGCGGGUCACCUUGUAGCUCGACUCCUCCAUAUCCUCAAACAGGUGAGAGUGCCUCUUAAAAGCACUGGGGGAAACAUCGAUUCUCCUGAUGGGAGGAAAAGUCACGGCGUGAGCGGGCAGGUGAAAACAAGACGACUCCAGGAGGACAUUUUGAACACAUAAUGAGGAGAUGAUUGUGUCCUUCAUACCUGUGGAUUUCUGGGCUCUUCCUUGGCUUCAUCAUUUCUACCUCUGCUGCUUUUCUUUGGUACAUCGCAAACCGCUCACUUAAAGUCAUGUCUGAGGAGUGAAAGUGUUGAGCUGCGAAAAGAGGACAGAAAAAUAAUCGUACAACAAAAUAAAGAGGAUAACAUUUUCAAGUAAUUUAAGGACCAGUGGGUCUUAUCGGGCAUGCAAACUCACAAACUUGUGUUGUGAUCCUGAGUCAGCAGAGAUUCAGCACAGAUCCUACUUUACCUUUGAUGUAGUGCACAAUUGAGACUAUGUGCUGAGCAAAGAGCUCAGAGGGGCUGCGGCGGAGCUGAGCCGACUGAAGGUGCUGAAAGAUGGAGCGAAACUCGGGAUCUUUCUUAGUGGGGUUAGGCACAUCCCGAGGCAUGAGGCGAUCUUUAGACAGGGAGGCGCUGCAAGAACAGAGGAGGCGCAGGAAAUGGAUUUAACAAGACGACUACGGCUUUUAAAAUCAAGUCUCUUACUGGCCAUGAAGUAAGAUGAUGUAAAAUGUAAAAUACUCACCCUGGCAGCUCAUCUGCAGAACCAUAUUUGAUUUCAAAAUCCUCCCUUGUUGAGGACAUGCGUCUGGGAGGUGACCCUUCCUGAGGAGGGAAAGCUCCGGGGAACAGAGGCCGCUCCUUCUCUCUAGACGGGACAGGCGGGGACGGACUCCUUCGGGACUUCUCUUUCUCCUUUUUCUCCUUCUUCUUGGAUUUCUCCUCUUUCUUGGAGCUGUGCUUGCGGCUCCGGUACAUCUCCUCCUCCAUGUGAUCAAGGGGCUCUACCUCGUCGGCAUCUCUUCGGCUUUUCUCUUUGAUCGUCGGGUAGGACGUGGAGUAGCUCGGCUCGUCGCCCCACUUCCCGAAGAUAUCCCUCGCGGUGAGGGUAGGUUGGACCUCGCCCUCUUCCUCCAUGUCUGCCUCUUUCAGCCCGUGAGACUUGAGGAACUCCUCUUCUCCGGCAUCAAAGAAAGGCAGGGUCUUGUCCUCCUUCGGCUCAUUGAAAGAGGAGGAUGAGAUGUUGAACAGAUCUCCGGACUUGCUUCCUUUCUCCAGUUCUCUGUCCGCGGUGCUCUGCUCCUUUUCCCGACCGUUCUCCUUUUCAGCGGCCUGCUUUUUAUUUUUGUUCUCCGCCAAGAACCUGAAACGAAGAAGCAAACUCAGAUUGAGAGCCUGCAAUCCCAAGUACUCAACUAUUAUGCUUAAUUUAACACAACAUCUAAAACCAAAUUAUACAAUGCAUCGUGAAGACAGGACUACACAAGUACAACAUUUCCUCAGAAAACUGAAAAAGAAUAUGGAAACACAGCAGGGAUGGGCAUUUUCCCAGAAAACUGAAAAGACCUUUUUAAAAGCACAUGAGGCAGAACCCACAAACUCUACUUAGGGAAGUUUUGACUGUGCCAAAGUUUAAUUUGUGUGUUUGGUUUUAAGUCUACAAAAAUGUCACUGUCUACAUUAAUCAAUUUCAUUUUCAUACAAAGAUUUCUAACUAACUAACGCUGCGUUCCAGUUGAACUCAGAAGUCGGAACUCCCAAGCUCAGAGCCGGAAAUUCAUCUGGAACACCCCUUAGAAAGUUGGACAAUCCUUACCAACCCAGACUUGACGACAACGUCAUAAUCCAAGAUGGCAGCACAGUGCAUCAACAGUAAAGAGUAACAGUGAAAGCUCUCGUAAUGUUUUAUUUUUUAGCACUUCAGUUUUGUUUUUGUGAAAUUAAAUAAGUGGUUUAUGUUGAACUGCCCAACGUCUAACUGUGAACACGGUGCUAUGGUGUUUGUAAGAGUAAAAUACUGUGUUGUUUACGACUUGUAAAGCUGACGACAGCUGACAAUUGUAAACAACAGCUAACAACGGCCAACAGUAGGCGUCCAUCUUAGUUUUCCGACUUGUUCACUGGAACGCCGUCAACUCGGGUGUGACGUCAUUCCCAGCUCUGACAUCUGACUUCCAAGGUAACUGGAACGCAGCACUAGUUACACCUAACAUUAGACUUUGGUGAAAUAAUGCCAUUUAGAUAAUUACUAGGUGUUCUUGGGGGGAAAAGAGGAAUUAAUUCGGACACUUCUAUUUUCUACAGUCAAAUGGAGAUCAGAUCUUGCAUCUUAUUCAAACAUACAAGCUAAAAAUGUUUCUGCAGCAGCGACAGACUAAUUGCUGGUUUGUAUUUUCUUAGCUUUGAUAGUUCUAUUUUAAUUAAAUUGAUUAAUUAGCCCAUCCCAAGUGCAAACAGUAGACCAGGACUCACAUUGCAGUACUUAUACUCACGUAACCACCACCGUUUCAUACAACUUCCUCUCAGUGCACAGUAAAGGACAACAGCCGGCUACAUUUUCAUUGCACUUAAAAUCAGCAGUCUUAUGUAUUCCUUUUUAAUCUUUAUUCUUCCAAGGAUCUUUGAAAAAGGCUAAACGUGUUUGAAAGAAAAAUAACGUCCAUCACUUGUCAGAAAAUCAAAAAAGAGAAAACACUUUGAUUACGUUGAAAUGAUUGAGAAGAGAGCGGACAUACUUUUUGAAGGCGGCUGAGAUCACAGUCUUAUCUCCGGGUUUGACAUCUUCCUUUGAGAAGAACCCGAAGCCUCCAAAGGCGGAGGGCUGUGCCGACUUUGUGGGGCUCUUCGCAGGAGGGGAUGCGCUGCCGAUGGUUUUCCACAGGGGACCUCCAGUCCCAGGUCCUUUACUCUCAGGGUCAGUAGAGGCGUCCUCUUUCUUACAGUCCGGACUGGUUUGUUUGGGACUUGCAUCAUAGUCAAUCCAUUUACCUCCUGACGCUUUCUCGAUGGCACUGCCGUCUGCAGGCAGCGCGGGUUUCUCUGCCUUACUUUCUACCAGCUUGUCUUUGGAGUCCUUUGAGCCCUUUCCCUUGCUGCUACGGUGACGUGGUGACCCGGAGCGGGACCGGGAGGAGUAGCUGGAACGCCUGGAGCGCCGAGACCUCCCUGAAGAAGAGCGAUCAGAGUAGUGAGAGCGGCUACGGCUACCUGAACGCUUUUUUGGUGUGCGUGAGCGCGAGCGUCCUCUCCUGGGCGAAUGGUGGUCCUGGUCAUGGUGGCGGUCGUGCCAGCCUCCUCCUCCACCACCGCCACCACCCUGCCAGUUUGACUUAUAGCCGUAGCCGCCUCCUCCUCUGUUCUGGUAAUGGCCGCGUUGGUAAUAGCCUCGGUUUCUGCCCCGGUAGUGGUACGGCCUCCGGUAGCCUCGGUUGUAGCCUCUGAAGCCUCCUCUGUUGUUCUGGUAGUCCCUGGUGGGAUAAUUUCUGUAGGAUGGAGAGUGAGAGCGAGAGCGGGAGCGAGACCUAGAGCUGGACGAGAAAACAGAGACCGAGAAAAGACACAAAAUGUUAUCAAAGGCAGAAACCUCCUCCUUUUGUCGAGACUGCUACAGUUAAUACAGCAAAGACAACAGAUCAGUGGAACAGCAGAUCACUGAGAUGUCAAACUAGAGAGACACAGUAGUAAGUUCAUUUACUGAGGAGACCAAACAGGGUCAUCAGCUAAGAGUGUUAGACCUCCCUCUGUUCAGUCGACAUGAUCAUCCGGGAUGGCUGCGCUCAUGAUGCAGGAAGUGGCAGUCACUUACCAGAAACUACAAUGUUUUUAAUCAGACAUUUAAAACUUAAAUGGGCCACUAAAGGGACUGAAAACUGACAAUUAAUUAGAGAUGCUCCGAUCCAUUUAUUCCCCCGAUCUAAUCCGUUACCGAUACCUCGGCUGAGCGUAUCGGCCAAUACAUGAUACCGAUCCGAUACUACUGUUGAAUGAAUCAACUGUAUACCUUGCCCUGUGAGUGAAGGCAUCAGGUUUGACAUUAGCCUUGUUAAAAAAAGGUAACAAAUUAACACAGAUAUAAAUUUACUUCAUAUUAUUCAUUAACAAAUAACAAACUGAACAUUAGCACACAGCAAAAAGAAGUAAGACUUCCAUGUAUUGUAAGAAAAAUGAAUGAAAAGAAAAAAAGAGACUGUAUUGGAACGCUGGAACAGCGUCAUUCAUCCGAUAUCCGAUCCAGAUAUCCAAAUAUCGGAUCGGUGCAUCCCUACAACUAAUAUUCAUCCUUUUUGUCUAGCAAAUGAUUGAAAAACAACAACAGCUCAUCCACUUUAAAUACUGCAUAUUAGAAAAACAAACUAAUAUUUUUAUUAUCCGAUCAUCAGAUGAUGGAGUAUAGAAUUACUGGUUGCAGCAGUGGUUCAUUUGGAGUAGGCUUGCUGAGUGGCAAGAGUCCUAGAACUGCCAGCAGGUGGCGAUGUAAGCUCAGUGAUGUUAGAGACUACCAUCACUGAGCAGGGUCAGUCAGGAGGGAGCUACUCUGACACUCACUUUACUAUGAGAGAGGUAAAACAGGAAUUAAACCUGAUUUCAACUUCAAGACAUCAAGUCUAUUAUUAUGACAUUAACUCAACAACUGAAUAAAUCUGUCCGACAAAACUACAACCUCUGCUUUACUUGCAAAGGACUAUACGUGAUGCCGACAGAAAAAUUCCCAACAAAACCUCAA